AUGGACCUAGCCGGCCCAAAGAAUAUUGGUGAUGUUAUCGGUACGUUGCUGUCAGCAAAAAAGAUUUACUUGCAACAUCCUGAAAUGGCAAGACUUGAGAAGAAUCUGAGAAGAGUCGAGGUAGUUGUCAAGAUUAUGACUCCCCUUAUGCAGCACCAAGCUGAGGCAUUGGAUUUCAUAGCGCAGAGGGAGUUUGGUCCAAUCCCUGAUGAGUAUUCGUUGUGGACUACUCAAACAUAUGAAACUCAGACCUGCAUCAUGCAAACAUCCAAAGAAGCCAAAGACUUCCUCGACUGCUCCCUUCGAAAUUUUGGCCCAUCACGCAAGCCCCAAACACAAAGUUAUUUCCAGAUCGACGCUUGUUAUAGUACAGACACAUUACUAAAUCAGUAG